AUGGACGCCCGCCGCCGCCGGUCCUCUUCUCUCGUCAAGAAAGUCACCGUCGGUGAGCCUGCGGUGGAAUCUAUGGAGAAGAAUAGUCUCAAGGUUAAGAUGGUGGAACAACAUCAUGAUGAUGAUGCUGUUAAGGUGUGUGAUGUUUUGCCUCUUCCAAUUUAUCUGACCAAUGCCGCUUUCUUCACUCUCUUCUUCUCCGUUGUUUACUUUCUUCUGACGCGGUGGCGUGAGAAGAUUCGUUCGUCGACUCCUCUCCACGUUGUUACGCUUUCUGAAAUGGUCGCCAUCUCUGCUUUUGUCGCCUCCUUUGUUUACCUUCUUGGAUUCUUUGGUAUCGACUUUGUUCAGUCGAUUUUCCGUCCUUCGCAUGACGUGUGGACAUCUGAGGAUGAUGAGGUUGUUAUGAUUAAGGAGGAUACUAGGAAGGUUCCGUGUGGUGCUGGAAUUGAUUGUUCGAUUCCGAUUUUGGCACCGCCCUUGCCCUCGGUGCCGAAAGUGGUCGAUCUGGUGCCUGUUAGCGUCGAUUUGACGGAGGAGGAUGAAGAGAUUGUUAAAUCUGUUGUGGCUGGAACGACGCCGUCGUAUUUGCUCGAAUCGAAGCUUGGCGAUUGUAGACGAGCAGCGGCCAUCCGUCACGAGGCCUUGCAGAGAGUGACAGGAAAGUCGCUCUCGGGGCUUCCAUUGGAAGGAUUCGAUUACGCUUCGAUAUUAGGGCAGUGUUGUGAGAUGCCUAUUGGAUACGUUCAAAUUCCGGUGGGAAUUGCUGGGCCGCUGUUGUUGGACGGCAAGGAGUAUUCUAUUCCAAUGGCCACCACCGAGGGUUGCUUGGUCGCGAGUACGAAUAGAGGUUGUAAAGCGAUUAUGAUGUCCGGUGGGGCUAACAGUGUGUUGUUGAGGGAUUCCAUGACGAGAGCACCGGUUGUGAGGUUUGCUACGGCGAAAAGAGCAGCGGAGUUGAAGUUCUAUGUGGAGGAACCGGCGAAUUUCGAUACCUUGGCCGCUGUUUUCAACAAGUCUAGUAGAUUUGGAAGGCUACAGAGUAUCAAAUGCGCCAUUGCUGGUAAGAAUCUCUAUAUGAGAUUCUCUUGCAGUACUGGUGAUGCUAUGGGGAUGAAUAUGGUAUCGAAAGGCGUUCAGAACGUUUUGGAUUUUCUCCAGACUGAUUUCCCUGAUAUUGAUGUAAUUGGCAUAUCUGGAAACUACUGUUCCGACAAGAAGCCUGCUGCUGUGAACUGGAUAGAAGGCCGUGGUAAAUCGGUGGUUUGUGAGGUUGUAAUCAAGGGUGAUGUAGUUAAGAAGGUCCUCAAGACCAACGUUCAAGCCUUAGUUGAGCUUAACAUGCUCAAGAACCUCACUGGUUCUGCCAUGGCUGGAGCUCUUGGGGGCUUCAACGCCCAUGCCAGCAACAUCGUUUCAGCCAUCUUUAUCGCAACAGGGCAAGAUCCCGCUCAGAACGUGGAGAGUUCUCACUGUAUUACCAUGAUGGAAGCUGUGAAUGAUGGCCAAGAUCUUCACGUCUCUGUUACCAUGCCUUCCAUCGAGGUAGGUACAGUUGGAGGAGGGACCCAGCUUGCUUCUCAGUCUGCUUGUUUGAACCUCCUUGGGGUUAAAGGCGCCAACAGAGAAGCACCAGGAUCUAACGCGAGGCUGCUAGCCACCAUAGUAGCUGGCUCUGUUCUAGCAGGAGAGCUAUCUCUGAUGUCUGCAAUUUCAGCAGGACAGCUUGUGAGGAGUCACAUGAAGUACAAUAGAUCCAGUAGAGAUGUCACUAGCGUUUCUUCCACCUAACCACAGUCCAUCCUCUUCACGGUAAUAAUCUGUCCUCUCAAGACUGUUGGCGAUGAAAAUUCCCAGAAACGCAGCAGGCCGCCCACUUUUGAGAUCAAUGGAUGGACAUAAACACCUCCCAUGUAGCUAGCUAGCUUGGGACUGACCACAAAACACAAUCAACCAUAGAACAAAAAGGUUCAAACAAACAAACCCUUUAUGUACUUCUAGUUAAUUUUUUUGUUUGUUCGAGUUAUAAUAUAUAUAUAUA